UCGUGGCUUUCUCGGUGAAACGUCAUCAAGUGGCUCUCUUCUUUAGUGUUCUGGAUCAGCUGGAGCUCUGUUACAGACGCAGUCAACAAGAUUCAGUCUUCUACCCACAAACUCCUGAAACUUACAAUAUUAAACAAAAUGCCUGGACCUGCAGCUAGUGUAACAAAUGUUGGUGCCUCUAGCCGUUCCCCAAGUAAGACAGUGGCCCCUCGCGCCGCUGGCACCUCAGCCAGACAGAGGAAAGCCCCCAGCAGUGGUGCACGCAGUGGAGGCAGAUCCACAGCAACAGCUGGCACAGGAGGGAUGUGGCGCUUUUACACUGAAGACUCACCAGGACUUAAAGUUGGCCCAGUACCAGUUUUGGUGAUGAGUCUUCUCUUUAUCGCAUCUGUAUUCAUGUUGCACAUCUGGGGAAAGUACACCCGCUCCUAAGCCUGAAUGACCUCUGAACUACAACCCCUAAAACCUGACACAGAAUCUUAAGCCAUUGGACUUGGACCAAAUUCUGACCAUCUACACCCCCAUCCCCUUCCUUUAUGACCUCCAUUUCAAGGGGUUUCACCCCCCAAAAGAGUUUACCCUGCCUCUACAACCAUUUAACUUCUUUUUUUUUUUUUUUUCACCAGUUCAGGACAUCCAUUUUUUCUUUUUCUUUUUGUUCAAACUAAUAUUUAAAAUUGUACAAUACAUUUCUAAAACAUGUUAUUUGUCUGUUUUUUUUUUUCUUCAGUGUACUUGGAAAAACAAAGAAAAUCACAGGGUAUGAAUUGCAUAAGGUGUCAAUAUCUUUAGUCUAUGGCAUAACAAGGGGUUCUAUGCAAAUGUACAUUCCAGGCAUGCCAUUAACAUGUAAGCUGGUUAGGCUCCACCCAUGUCUGAACAUGAUAAUGUGCUAUUGCCCAAAUUCCAAUGAGCCUGCAGCUACAUCCCAUCAAUGUUAAGUCAAACCUCACCUUACUCAAGCAUGCUAGUACAAAUAAAAAAUAAAAUAAAAAAAGCUCAGAGUAGCACUCAUAGAAGUUGUGAAGAAGAAUGCAUAAAAGUUCAAAGAAUGUAGCACAAAAAAAAAGGGAAUUUUAACUUCCAUGUGAUGGUAGAAAAACAAGGGGGAUUUCUUUCAAUGAUAAAUGUUAAUUUUAUGUUUUAGAACUGAAUAAUAGUACUACAAACUAAUGUGGGCUUUGCUUUGAGUAGUUCAACCAAAUAUUAAAAUUCUGUCAUUUACUCACCCGAA